CACCUUUGGCAACCACCAGGUUUGCAGGCUCCACCGUGUGCCUGUCCCAGGUGAGGAAGUUUGCUGAGCAACAUGGAGUCAGCAGAUCAAAUCUGGAAGAAAGAGAAGGAGCAUUGAUCUGAACCCUUGAGAAGCAAGAUGUUUCCACUGGAUUCCAUAUUAUAAUAACUGCGGCUUUCCCUCCUUAAGGAGACACUUCAGUGUUUAACAUCAUCAACAAAAUGGGACAGCAUGAAGUAAUACUAUGAUCCACUGAAAUAUGGCCCACAACUGUUUCCACUGGUGGGAAGCAACCUAAGGGGCCAAAAUGCAGCAAACUACCACAGGCUUCAGAUGUCUCCACUUCCUAGAAUCCAGAGUUCUCCUCCAAGCCACUCAUAGGCAUCACCUGUGAAGGUAUCUCUCUUCAUGAACACGCAGCAUCCAGACUUGCCAUGGCACAGGCACCGGAUUCAUUCCAUGGGGAUAUUGUUUUUCCCAGUCACUCUCGGAGCUCCAGCAGCAACGUCAGCACUGCUAACCACCUCCUAUUGAGCCGGCAGAACCGGCUAAUGAAUGGGAACCACCGAGGCUUCCGCACUGCAUCGCCCAUGGGAAGAGUGAUCCUCAUCAAUACACCACUUGAAGCUAAGAGUGAUGAGAGUGACGCCAUCAAUGCCAUUACUGUGGAAAAGAGCGCAGAUGGGAAGCUGGGUUUCAGUGUGCGCGGAGGCUCAGAACAUGGCCUGGGUAUCUUUGUCAGCAAGGUAGAAGAGGGAAGCAGUGCAGAGCAGGCUGGUCUGUGCGUGGGAGAUAAAAUCACAGAGGUGAACAGUGUGAGCUUGGAGAACAUUACAAUGGGAAGUGCAGUCAAAGUCCUAACGGGGAAUAACCGGCUGCGGAUGGUCGUGAGACGCAUGGGCAAAGUGCCAGGGAUAAAGUUCUCCAGAGAAAAGACCACAUGGGUUGAUGUGGUCAACCGGCGCUUGAUUGUGGAAAGAAGCAGCACAACUCCAUCAGAUACCAGCUCUGAGUUUGGAAGACGGAGAAUUGUCCACCUCUAUACCACAUCGGAUGACUACUGUUUGGGUUUCAACAUCCGUGGGGGAAAGGAAUAUGGGCUUGGCAUUUACGUCUCCAAAGUGGAUCCUGGUGGGCUGGCUGAGAAACAUGGGAUCAAGGUCGGCGACCAAGUCCUUGCAGCCAACGGAGUCAAGUUUGAUGACAUCAGCCAUAGCAAGGCAGUGGAAGUGCUAAAGGGGCAAACCCACAUCAUGCUGACCAUCAAGGGGACAGGGAGGUUCCCGGCUUACAAGGAAAUGGUGGCUGAGUAUUGCUGGCUCAACAGAAUGACCAAUGGCCAGUUGCAACAGCUGUCCCAGACCUCCGAGUCCAGCUCCUCUGUGUCAUCCUACUCCUCAGGAACCCCCUUCACCUCUAUCAAUGGCCUCUUCAUGUCCCCAGUAUCCAACUCAGUUCAAAAUAGCAUGGUGGAUGUUGGCAUUUCCACUGAAUUGCCAGUCCGGAGCCACUCUUCAGAGAGGGCUGAGACGGCCAUGCAGACGGACCCACUGCCUGAUGGGGCUUCUCUUUCGGGGAGCCUGGUAACUGAGACCCGGCGGAUUGUACGACCCAUGGAAAUCCUAAAGGACACAGCCAUACGCACCGAGAGCGCCAAGGAUCCCUUCCACCUAAGGAAGCACCGGCCCCUUUCUGGCAAAGAGAUGACAGACCCCUCCCCAAAAACGGCACUUCUUCUGGCACUCAGCCGCCCAAGACAGCCCAUCAAGAGAUCACAGAGCUAUCUGACCAUCUAUGAGGAGAAACGGCAGAGAAAGAAAGAGAAGCCAGUAUCCUUGGAGAAGAAAGCCACACUCAAACGCUCCAAAACCCUCAUGAACUUGUUUUUUAAGAGUUCCAAGACAGGAAAGCCAAGUUCAGCAGCUGGAUCACCGGAGACAGUGAGACGGUCCAAGUCCCCAGCACGGCCUGAAGAAGAGAAAGAAAAAGGCUACACGUUCAGCCCCCUGGGUUCGAAAAUCUCUCUGCUGUCAUCUCCGCAGCACAAUGGCAGCGAGCACAGCAAAGUCACAGAAAGUCACCUGCUGCUGAUCGAGGAUAUGGCGAAGAAGUUGCUGAUGGAAGACGAAGUGGCUGCUGUGCUGAGGCACUGCACUCGGUAUAUCCAGGAAAGUGGUGUGGAAGAUUUGGUGAGGCCGCUGCUAGCGAUUCUCGACCGCCCUGAGAAGUUGCUUCUUCUCAGAGAUAUCAGGAGUGUUAUAGCCCCCACAGAUCUGGGUCGUUUUGACAGUAUGGUUGUGCCUGUAGAGAUUGAAGCCUACGAUGCACUGAAAAGUAGAACCGUGAGGUCACCGGCUCUCCGCCCAACACAACAUGAAGUCCCCCCGAAGAGACAUCUUAUCACCCCAGUGCCUGAUUUCAGGGGCGGCUUCCUGCUCAAACCAGUGAACAAUGAAGAAAGGGGGGAGGAAGAGGAGGAGACAGUUCUGAAGGAUGGAAUGAAAGGCUUGCAGCUAUCUCCCAGACGGACUCAUCCCCAAAGCUAUACCCCUCUUCCCGACGUGCCAGUGGAUGGGUACACAACAUCCUCCCAAGUCUCCUCUUCAUCUGCUGGUAGCAAGGAAACCCAUUGGAUUUUCACUAAGCAAACAAAAACAUCAGGAAGUCGCCGGCAUAGCGCACAUGCUCAGGAAGUAGAGUCCCUCAGUCAAGGGGAUGGACGAUCUGGCAGAGGGAGGCCUCGUAUGGCCAAGUCAAGCCAUGGCAAAGCCACAUGGGGUCCACAUGGGGAAGUCCAGCCUGCCAAGGAUACCUUGUACUCAGUGAUCAACAAGCCACGCAGAGCUAGGCCCCCAUUAUCCCAGCUCUUUGAGGCCUCAACAACUAGUAAGGCAGUAGAAACAACAAAAGGGGUCCCAGAUGGUCCACUCCAAAAUGGCCCCCGUGACAUUAAGGAGGAGGAAUAUGAGCUGCUGACUGUUCAUCUUUCCAAGAAAAAGCAAUCACUAGGGAUCAGCAUUUCAGGUGGAAUAGAAUCUCGAUUGCAGCCUAUGGUGAAGAUUGAGAAGAUAUUUCCUGGAGGAGCAGCAUCACUGAGUGGAAAACUGGAGGCUGGCUUUGAACUAGUUGCUGUGGAAGGAGAGAGCCUGCACAAUGUUACACACCAACGAGCCGUGGACAUAAUCCGCCAGGCCUAUCGCAACAAAGCCAAGGAACCUAUGGAGAUUGUGGUGAAGGUGCCGAAGAAAAACAAGUAAAUGCUGUGGAGAAAGCAACUUACUCUGAAGAAGCAAGACAGCUCAGGAAAAAGGAAGAGCUCUGGGCUUUGUGGUCAAUGAAAGCCCAGCUUGUUAUGCCUACCUGCUAUGCAGAAAAGUAGUGCGACCAGUGAAGAUAACUGCCUGGUAGGUUAUAAAAAAUAAAGAGCUACUCAGCCGGCUGAGGGUUUAACACAGGAAGACAUAGCUUCCUGUUUUUUUAAGGGAGGCGUGGUUGGAGCUGCAACAGGGAAGAAGAGACAAACAUCUUCUAGGCCAGGACAAGCACCAAAAGCACCGACCGUUCCAUUUUCAGAAUCCAUCAGCAGAUACUAGAGAGCAGCAAGAUGUAUAUGGACAGCUGCUACCAAGACCAUUUGCCUUGCAAGAGAUGUCCCACUGGGGUGAGCAUGCAGGCAUCAAAAGAAGGACAUUAUUCUUGACAUGCAGAGCUUUGCAUGAGAUGUUGCACUAUUUCAAGUGGAAGUUUUUGGAUGACAAAACUAGCUCCAGCUGAAAAGGAAAGAUGACAAAGCAGUGUGUGUAGGUACAGUGGGCAAGUGGGCAAUUUUAAACCUGUGUAACCACUUUUUUGACAUUUGGCUAACUCAGGUUCAGCAUUAGUAAUAACAUGCUUUGACUUUAGAAUGUGUUUAAAUAUACUUAUAAGUGAGUUGUGACACUUUCUUCAAGAGAUAUUUUGGAAGAUCAUAUACGUUGGAAACUAGGUUCAAUAUUCUCACAACACUUUCUGAAUGAAAUUCUAAUGCUUAAACCCAUGGUGCAUGAUUAAGAGACUAGCAACAGACCAAGGAGGUGGCAUUUAGGGAAGAAAACAAGAGCAUCAUAUUUUCAGGCUCUGAGCCAGUCUGCGAUAGCCAUGAUGAUACAGGCCAACAGAGGGGAAAGAUUACGAAGGAAGGUCCUGCAUGUUGUCUACAAGUGGUCUUCUACAGCUGCUCCGAAGAAGACAUCACCUCUUACUAAGAGAGGUUCUGCUAAAGGAAAGGGAUUAUCCUAUUCUUUUCAACCCUAAACUGAAGCAACUAUUUGGGAUCCGAGACCAUCAGUUUCCUGAAGGACCAGUCAAUAUCUUCCCCUGGAGCCACCAUCAUACCUUUAACAAGAUGCUGCCACUUGGACUAUACAAGCCACUGAUUGAACGUGGCAAGGAUGGUGAAAGGUGCAUUGGGUCCAUUUUUAAUACAGCAGAAAGAACACAAGGUGUGCCAGUGCAAACCAUCCUCCAUUCCGUUUCCAGCUCUGAACCUCUCCACACACCCCACCCUUCCUUUUUUCAUCAACAGAACAAAAACAAUUUCCCCCCACGUUUCCAUAGCUCUUUGUCCCCACUCUUCCAGACUUCCAUGCAGCUUUUCUUAUAAACACAGACAUGUCUUCUUUUGC